CGGAAUCGGCACUGGUUCUCGAGUACGACCAGUCGCGUCGCUACUGUGCGCCGCACUAUGGCCGUCGUGCUCGGGUGUUGUGGAUACUGAACUUGGGCAGGAGGUACGUAAAGAAUCGCGGCAGCCGUCGUCGUCGUCGUCGUCGUCGCCGCCUCCGCCAAGUGGGGCCUUUCCUCGCGUGGAGUCGCACCAGCCCUCCGCACUCGUCCGACCGCGCUCGCGCGCGCGUUGGCCGGCCUGCAAUCAUCGCACGGAGCGCGCGAGGUGCGAGGCGCGAUCAUCCUCGAGGGAACGAUGACGCGUGCACAUCGCUGAGGGAGGCUGCCGCCGGAGCGCGGGGACGACAGCACGGAUACCGAGGCGAGCAUGUUAGCAGUAUAUGUUUUUGCCAUAUCGUCUUUCAAUCAUAUUGAUGGCAUAACUAUACGGUUCAGGGGGUGGAUGAUAGGAAUUUACUGAAAAUCCAAGAUCAAAGCCAUUCAAAACGCUGGAGAAAGACGGAGGAGCUUCGGAGGAGGGGGAGAUGUCUGCUGGCACCCAGGGCGAGAUUCGGGUUGGCCCUUCUCAUCAGGAGUUGGUUUCUUGUCAGGCCCGUUUGCCUGAGUAUCGGCCGGGUAUACCCCCCGGAGAGCUGCCACCCGAUCCAGAAUUCUCCAAGGAGCGCGAGGAGCUAAAAUGGGUACCAGCCAUGGCGUUGGACGGGGAUCUGCUCAUGUACUUGAGGGCGGCCCGUUCAAUGGCCGCGUUCGCCGGUAUGUGUGACGGCGGUUCUCCAGAUGAUGGUUGCGUGGCUGCCUCUCGAGACGACACUACCAUCAACGCAUUGGACACCCUUCACAGUUCUGGCUAUGAUCCCGGUAGGGCGCUCCAGGCACUCGUCAAAUGUCCUAUACCGAAAAGCGUCGACAAGAAGUGGUCCGAGGACGAAACUAAGCGAUUCGUCAAGGGUUUGCGGCAGUUUGGAAAGAAUUUUGCACGCAUUAGGAAGGAUCUUCUGCCUCACAAGGACACGCCGGAGCUCGUCGAAUUCUAUUACUUAUGGAAGAAAACACCAGGCGCAAAUAACAAUCGGCCACAUCGGCGGCGUAGGCAAAGCUCUUUGCGGCGAAUCCGCAAUACACGCAACUCACGCGCCGGCACGCCUAAAGAGGAAGUACCUACGCCAACUAAGGACGCACAGCCAACGGCCAACAUUAGUGCGAAGGAGGCCGUGUCUGAGGCUGAGACUGUGCCGGUCGGCACUCCAGCCAGUCACAAUCCCGGUGGUGAGAUCAGUUCUGUGACCGAGGACGAUAAUUCGGAAGAAGACAGUGACUCGCGUGAUACCAACACGAACGGCACGGCACAUUCGUGCCAACACUGCUUCUCCACCAACUCGAAGGACUAUCAGGUAGCCGGCAAGGAUCGAUUAUUACUCUGUGCAGAAUGUCGAUCACAUCUAAAGAAAACCGGGGAACUCCCACCCGCGCCGCCUUAUCUGUUCCGCCCGGUGCCCGCGGAAUCGCCUGAGAGUCCUGGUAGAAUGCGCACGCGGAACAAAGCAAAGGAGACACCAAGACCAGCGAGACCGCGACGAACUGGUGGCACAGAUACGCCUGAUCAGGAAAAGCAGCAGCAACAGCAGCAACAACAGACGCCCGAUAAGAGUAAAAAGAAAUCUGGCAAAACGGAUACGCCCAAGAAGGGUCAGAAACGCUCAGGUCAGGUAGACGACGCCUGCAACGACGAGGACAAAGACGCACAGAAGCGAAAGCGCGGCGGCGGCGAACGGCCCGACAGUCCGUCCGAAUCUCUCACUACCGACAGCAAUUCCCUGAUGGAUGAGCCGGAGAGGGAAACGGAGGGCGACGCAAACGAGAAUCAACCGACGCCGCCAACGGUCGCCGGUGUAGCAGGUACGGAAGAGCCCGUGAGUAGUCCGGCCGUCACGACGCCCGAGGAGCCAUCCGAGCCGACGCCGGUGUCAACCCCGGUACCAGCCGUGAUACAGAGUCUGCCGAUAUCGGUACCAGUGAUACACAGUUUGGAGAAGAAGCCAUCUGGCUUGCUUGAUCAAGAACCAGUAGAUCAAAGCAAGAUGAUGGAUCAAACAGAAGACGUGCCGUUAGCCAUGAAUCAACCGUUGAAGUUGGAACCGAUGCCGAUCGAAUCGACGAUGUCGCCAACGAUGUUCAACGAAGAAAUAGGUAAGGAGCCCGAACCGACUCAGCUGAAUCUGAGCACGUCUGCGCAGGUCGGAGCUGGAUCCAAUGAUGCGAGUUCGGCGGCUACGGCUCGUAACUUGUCGCAAACUAUACCUGGUAUUAUAACUAGCGUGGGCUCACAGGCAACUAUGCCAAACUCGCAAAUCCCAGUGAUAUCGCCCAGUCAACAACAAAGUGGUGCUGGCGUUGGUGUGCUGCCGACAAGUCUAAGUAUGCAAUAUGUACAACCACCACCGCCGCCGUUACCGGUGCAGAACGUGCCACAGAACCUAUCGCAAAGCAUACCACCGCAGAUAGCACCAAAUAGCGUUCCACCCAGCGCGCAGAAUAUGGGACCAACGAAUCUUCGUAGUCAUGUGACCGAGAGUUUACAAAGUUCUGCGCAAACGUUGCCACAGAACAUGACGGGACCACCGCCGUUGAACCUCAACAUUUCACAGAGUGUAUCGGCUGGUAUCGGUGGCCCAAUCGGCCAGAUGUCGUCAAUGCCGAGUCCGCCGUCACAGCCGCUUGGCUUGACGGUGAUGUCGUCCGAUAAUAGAAACGCCGAGAGAAUGGCAGACGAGAGACUGUCGGUAAGUGAACGGACUCGAGAUAGCAGAGUUUCCGACUCUCGCAUGGUGCCAGAACGUAUUCCGGAACGGACGAGCGAGAAUAACGAACCGGAACGAUCGGAGCCAAGUAGUUUGUUCCAACCAAUACAGCCCAGCGGAAUGUUGCCAAUGGAAAAGCCCGUGGGUAUCUACAAUCUAGCCGGAACGCCACCGAUGGAGCCACAGAAUUUAAAGAUCAAGCAGGAGAUUAUACCACCGGAACCGGAUCCUUUGCAAAGUUUAAAAGAGGUCAAGGUACCGGGCUUCCAAAGCUCCUCUUUCCCUGGUCCGAGCCUGGACAACAUAAAAAAGGAUCCGGACGGCAUAAGCAAACCGCCGACACCAAGCAAACACUCUAUAGCGCCGACGAGUCAGAUACCAUCGAUACAGCCGGUCGCGGCGUCGCCGACGGCUACGCCAACACCAACUCCGAGUCUACCACCACCGCCCAGUUCAAUCCCACAACCAGUAAUGCAUCCCGCUCAGCAACCGAGUCCGCACAUGGCACAUCCCUUCCAUCCACAUCAUCCGCUGAUGCAUCAUUCGCUAUUCACCGCCAUGCAUCCGUAUCAUCCUCAUGCCUAUCCAGGAUACGCGCCAGUGGGAGGAUACCCGUCCUUCACGCCAUAUCCUUACGGCCCAGUACCUCAUGCCAUUCCACCACCCUCGCCACAGCGUAGCCAAGAAACCAACAGCGCCAUGAUGACAGCGCAUCAUGCUAGCACUAGCUCGAGCGUCGCAAGCAGAGAGGAAGGCGAGAACUUGAUUGCGAGUCAUCACCAUUCAUCCAGUAUGCAUCAGCAGCCAACCAAUUUACAUCACGACAAACUGCUGACUAUCUCCUCUCACAGUUCCCACAGCCAUUCCUCGUCGCAUAGCUCACAUAGUAGUCAACGCAAAUCGUCGCUUGUCUCAGCUACGUGCCUGACGUCAUCCAGUUCCGCACACCAUCAUCAUCGUCCACCACAAUCGCAGCAACCACAGGUUGUUCAAGAGCCAAAGAUCGAGCAAGACUUGGACCCGGAACCGGAGGAUCCCAUUAGUCCACGUGGACCAUCGCCGGAGCCGCGUAUCGAGGAUUCCGAGUGCCACCGAUCGCAAUCAGCGAUUUUCCUGAGGCAUUGGAAUCGCGGUGAGAAUAACUCGUGUACGCGCACCGACCUGAUGUUCAAACCCGUACCAGAUUCGAAACUUGCGCGGAAACGCGAGGAACGCUCGCGGAAGCAAGCGGAGCGGGAACGAGAAGAGCGCGAUCGCGCCGCCGCUGCGGCGCAACAGGCCCGAAAGAUGACGACACCCGAGAAACAGCCCGAGGCGUGUAAACCGCCAAGUCGUGGUCCUCUCGAACCUGUCGUUUCACCUUACGACCGUUAUGCCGCUCGUCCUGGUUCCUAUGCAGAUACUCCAGCACUCAGACAACUAUCCGAAUACGCUAGGCCGCACGCCGCCUUCUCCCCCGCCAGACAUCCGGCACCACCCGACCCGAUGCUGCACUAUAUUUACGGGCGUGAAGCUGCGGCGCAGCGGUUAGAAUUGGAGCAUCUAGAACGUGAGAAGAGGGAACGCGAGAUACGUGAGCUACGCGAGAGAGAGUUAAACGAUCGGUUGAAGGAAGAGCUGUUCAAGGGCACACCCAGACCGAUGCCAGCGCCUCCAGUCGAUCCCCAUUGGCUGGAGAUACAUCGUCGAUAUGCUGCCGCCGGUCUGGCACCAGGUCCUUCUGGACCGCCUCAAGCCUUACACCAAUUUGGCCUCUACGGAGCUCCACCAGGUCCGAGUCAACUCGAGAGAGAACGACUCGAACGGCUAGGGAUUCCGACUGCAGCCGGCGGGGGGCCAGCGGGUGGAGCGGCUGGCCAUCCCGUGGCGGCUCAUCACCACGGCCAGCUGGAAGAACGGCUGGCUCUGGCCGCUGACCCGAUGGUCCGAUUGCAAAUGGCUGGCAUCUCGCCCGAAUAUCAUGCUCACACUCACGCGCAUACGCAUGCGCAUACGCACUUGCACUUACAUCCGGGACAGCAACAGGCCCAGCAACAGGCUCAGCAACAGCAGGAAGCCGCUGCGGCUGCGGCUGGGUUUCCUCUGCCGGCUGCGGCCGGCGCUAAUUACCCUCGUCCCGGUUUAAUGCCACGCGAUCCUGCCUUAGCACUUCAUCCGGCGGAACUCCUCGGAAGACCCUACGCGGAUAUGGCAGCGCAUCACGAACAACUACAACGGCAUCUCAUGAUGGAGCGUGACCGAUUCCCUCCGCAUUCUAUUAUAGCUCAUCACGAGGAAUACAUAAGACAACAGCGUGAGCGCGAGCUUAAAGUUCGCGCACUGGAAGAAGCCGCACGUGGAUCGCGUCAAUAA